AUGGUUGGAAGCACGGCGAAGGUCGAUCAGUUGGAGCUCCAGCAGAGAUCCGGAUCAUCGAGUUCUAAUUCAGAUGAUAGCUCGAUUUUCGACCCUGGUCACCAAUUAAUUGCAGAUGGUUCCGCCAAGAAGCAAAGCAUUGGGCUGAGACAAAAGAGAACUUGGAUCGCUAUUGCGGCUGUGUGUGGACUGGUGGUUAUUGCCGCCGUUUUGGGAGGAGUUUUGGGUGCUUCAGCAAGACGCUCAAGUAAAAACGCUGGCCAAACCACUCCGCCGGACAACUAUACUUCAAAUCCCGACCGCGCCGCGGCAGUCAGCCAGGCUUUUAGUCAAGCGUGGGCUGGCUACUACGAUGUGGCAUUUCCAAGUGAUUCACUGCGGCCAGUGACGAAUGGCUCACUUAAUGAUAGAAACGGCUGGGGCGCGACCGCUAUAGAUGCCCUCUCCACGGCUCUGAUCAUGGGGAACGAUGAAGUGGUCCAGCAGAUUCUGGAUUUUAUCCCACGCAUAGAUUUUGAUAAAGUCAGUGAUGUGGAACGUACCGUCUCACUCUUUGAAAGCACCAUUCGAUACAUAGGCGGAUUACUCUCUGCUCACGAUCUUCUCUCUGGACCCUUUUCGCAGUCAUACCCGAUGAAUGAAACAAUCUUGACAGGUGUCCUUGACCAGGCCGUGCAUUUGGCUGAGAAUUUGAAGGUUGCCUUCAAUACAUCCAGCGGAGUCCCCAUUGGGCGGUUGCUAUUUGAGCCCCCUCGAACCAAUGAUGAUACACAAGUCAGCUUGGCAGGGGCCGGUACCCUGAUUCUCGAGUGGACUAGGCUGAGUGACAAGACUGGCAACGAAGAGUAUGCAAAGUUGGCAGAGAAAGCCCAGUCUUAUCUCUUGAAUCCCAGCCCGCCAGAGAUAGCAGAGCCAUAUCCCGGACUGCUUGGUACUUACAUUAGUCCCGAAAAUGGGUCAUUUCUUGAGUCUAGUGGUGGCUGGUGGGGUAGCGACGACAGCUACUAUGAGUAUUUGCUCAAGAUGUACAUGUAUGAUACACAACGCUUCAGCAAUUACAAGGACAAGUGGACGACAGCCGCGGAUUCGACCAUCAAAUAUCUGGCGUCUCACCCAUCGACUAGGCCGGACUUGACUUUUCUAGCGAUAUAUGCGGGGACGGGCAACCUAACAUUUACUUCUGGCCACCUUGCCUGUUUCAGUGGCGGUACCUUUAUCCUAGGGGGCCUCACGCUAGAUAGGCAAGACUAUGUCGACUUUGGUAUCAAACUAGCCUACAGCUGCCACGAAACAUAUACUGCCACGGCGACGGGUAUUGGCCCUGAGAGCUUUAGCUGGAAAGAUGAUGGAAGCCUCUCGACUUCAGCUGAAAUCGCCGAACCCCCCAAUGACCAGACCUCGUUCUAUGAGACAUCGGGAUUUUGGAUCAACAGUGGCGACUACCAACUCCGCCCCGAGGCAAUCGAGAGCUGGUAUUAUGCCUACCGCGCCACAGGGAACUCCAUAUACCAGGACUGGGCCUGGGACGCGUUUGAGAGCAUCAUGGCGGCAUGCUCGGCAGGCAGCGGUCUCUCUGCGAUUUCAGACGUGAAUGCUGCCAACGGAGGACAGUUACUCAACAGCCAAGAGAGCUUCAUGUUUGCCGAGACCUUUAAAUACCUGUACAUGAUCCAGGCAGAGGAGGCGCCAUGGCAGGUCUCGGCAUCACGCGAUAAUGAAUUUGUAUAUAAUACCGAGGCGCAUCCAUUUAGGAUUGCGGGGAAUUCGGUGUAA